AGUUUGUAAUGUACUCUUUAUCCGUUCGGUCGCCGGUCUCUCCGCAGAAACAUUAUUAUUUUGUUCAUCAAUGUGCACCAAACAAAACCAAAACUAACAUUGCAAAAAACCAGCCAAGGGUUGGCAAGCUGAGUUUUCCUUGCAUCUUCUUUGGAGUGUCUGAGAUUUUCCUGCCCCGUCAUCGUGUCAUCUCGUCACCGUUUGCCGUCAACAAGUUUUUCACGUUCUGUUUUUCCAACGUUCCGCGACUGAUGCACAAAGCGGUUUUCCACCACACGUAGGAUAAAUAACACGGGAAAAGGAGAUACGAGUUCUGAAUUGAAUGAAAAGUAAAAAAAAUGACAGAAGAGCGAUUUUCUUUUGUCCGUGAGUGAACAAUUUUCUUUAUUACUUUUUGAGGCCAUAAAAGAAUGCAACCUACAAAAUCACGAGUGUGUUUAACUCGCUAAAAUUAAUGAAAAAUGAUUUUCUCUUGCAUAAAGGAUUGUGGUCAUGAGGCAUGUCAAAUUGAUAACUCGUCCUGCCAAUAACACCAUCGAAAAAGAAAAAUACGCCAAGAAACAUUCGAUUGGUAUCUUUUCCGUGUGAUAUCCAGGAUGCGGAUGCUGUUUUGAAAGAACCAUAACACAAAGGAAAAUCUAGUUAUAAAUGCAAUCACUAAAAAUGUGAAAUAAAACUGCAGAUGCAAAGCGAGCCAUAUCUACAAUUCACCCCGCGACGAGGAUAACAUCCAAAAUGGUUUAAUAUUUCUGCAGCAAGUGCAGCUUUUCACGCGUGGGACCAUAUCAUUCCCGUACUACGCAGAAGCUACGCCAAAAAAUGUGAAGGAUUCUACUCGGCAUAAUUUUGUUUCUAAUUUGUUCGUUUUGCAAGUCAAGGAACCGUCAAAAAUACAUAUUUUAUGUUUCAGACAUUUUUUAUUUCGUGAAGUGAACCAUUUUCUGCGGACAAAAUUGACCAUUUCGGAAGAAAACACUGAAAAUUUGUAAUGUAAUAGUCCUUAUAAGUUGUAAAUACGAUAAAGAAGUGUAAAUGUGUCAAUAAACAAAAUAAUCACCAAACAUUAGAAUUAUGGAAGCAUAACUUAUUUGUGGAUUACGAAUUGAAAAGUGUCGCUGUCGAAUCUGCAAAGCAACCGGUAGAGGAGUGCUAAUGCGAAUGUUUGCACAAGCAAGGAAAACAAUUUCUCUCGGGAUUCAAAGUGGAAACGCAGUAGCAGCAUAGUGGGACCGUGAAACGUGCCGAGAAAAUAUCGAUUUUAUGUUUUGAGAAAACAAAUCAGCUGAUAAGUGGGCUGGAGAAGGAGCAACGGACAGGUCUCAAGAUACAUUAAAAAGGCCGUUUGGACAGAUGGAACGCGACGUUCAUAAAACGACAACCAACAUAAUGGAUAUCUAACAUCUUGGCGUGUUGCUUGCUUCCCCGGAGUAAGGAAAUACUGCAGUGAAUCUUUUCAGCGGAAGAACUACCACAGUCGUGAAUAUUCUCUCGACUUUACUCGUGCAAUAAUCUGCCUACCAACAAAAUGGCAAUAAACUUCUCCGCUUCAUUUGCCGCAUGUCUUGCUGCGGGCCUUAAGGUUCCGCGACAAAUAAUGUACUGCAUAUCGCAGGACACACCCUACGUACUCUACAAGGAUUCACAGGAAGCAGCUGAACGCACAGCUGCUCUCGGCAGUCAAUGGGGUGGCGAAAUGUACCCAGCGUUGCAACAAAAUACCCAUAUUCCACCACACAACACCGGUCCGCAUCAAAUUGCGGUACCUCAUCCGCAGCAACAACCGCAAGCGCCUCAUCAACCCCAGCACCAACCUUCCAACACUCCACCAAAUCAAGACAACCGACCUCAACAACCGGGUGAGCAAGCCAACGGCCAGCUACACAGUCCAGCGACUAGCCCCUACCCGCAAAACCACGGCCCAGAGAUGGACGAAGCACUCAUAAAGACACAAAACAUGCAACAGAACGUUCAUCCACCUCAAAACGGCCAGGUAAAUCAAGUGCAAUCAAACGGACAAACAACAUCACCUUCACAAAGCAUUGAACAUCAAAACCAACAUCCUGUUCAAAACGGCCAAAAUCAGCCAAAUCAAGCUUCCCAACCGCAGCAACCACCCGCCAACCAAGGAUCUGGCCAGCAACAGCAACCUCAACAACAGCAGCAGCAAUGCUUCCCAGAAGCUGGCCAACCAGAACUAAGCUAUUACGCUCAACGCCACCAUGGGCCACAGGGCGCAAUGCUUCCUCCUCCCGGGUUCACCCCGUUACACCACUACUUGAACAAAUCAGGAGUCCUUACGGGGAUGCCCACCGGGAUGGAGCAGGGAAACCCACUGGAGCAGUACGCGAUGCCAGAUCUUCUCCACGGGAACCAAGUCCAUCACGCCACAGCCAACGGAACGCACAAAUCGAAAGGGUCCGAUCUCAGGCUAUUCAAAUGCCUCACCUGCGGGAAGGACUUCAAGCAAAAGAGCACCUUGCUGCAGCACGAACGUAUCCACACCGACUCGCGCCCGUACGGUUGCCCGGCGGUCGAGUGUGGAAAACGCUUCCGGCAGCAAUCGCACCUCACCCAGCAUCUGAGGAUCCACGCCAACGAGAAACCAUUCGUGUGUCCAUUCUGCCAGCGAGCGUUCCGGCAACGGGCCAUACUGAACCAGCACAUCCGAAUUCACUCAGGUGAUAAACCGUUCGGUUGUCCGUAUCCGGAAUGUGGCAAGAAAUUCCGGCAAAAGGCCAUUUUGAAUCAGCACGUGCGCACCCACCAAGAUGUCUCCCCUCACCUAAUCUUCAAAAACGGACCACAUGCCACACUGUGGCCACAAGACGUACCAUACCCGCCGGAACAGGAAGGUCAGCCAAAAGACGAACAAACGUUUGGCGACGAAGCGUCCCAAGGAACUCCCGAGUCUCGGGCCUGCUUCUCGCCGGACGGAAGCCUUCAAUAUCCCUCGUACUUCAAAGAUACCAAGGGCGUCAAUCAUUCUAUAUUCGGCAACAACAUCCCCUACAUCAGCAAGGGUACCAACGGUGGCAAAACGAUACUACCGGACGUCAUCCAGCACGGACGAUCUGCCGGAAUGCCGUUGUACGUGCGAUGUCCCAUCUGCCAGAAGGAGUUCAAACAGAAGAGCACCCUGCUGCAGCACGGUUGCAUUCAUAUUGAAUCGCGACCGUACCCAUGCCCGGAGUGUGGCAAGCGUUUCCGGCAGCAAUCCCACCUGACGCAGCAUCUGAGAAUACACACGAACGAGAAACCGUUCGGGUGUCCGUACUGUCCGCGAUUCUUCCGACAGCGAACCAUUCUGAAUCAGCAUAUUCGUAUACACACCGGCGAGAAACCAUACAAAUGUGCGCAAUGUGGCAAGGACUUCCGGCAAAAAGCCAUUCUCGAUCAGCACACCAGGACUCACCAGGGCGAUCGUCCAUUCUGUUGUCCGAUGCCGAACUGUCGACGAAGAUUUGCUACGGAGCAAGAAGUGAAGAAACAUAUCGAUAAUCAUAUGAACCCCCAUUCGUCUAAAUCUCGAAAGCUGGCAGCCCUGAAUAAUAACAACAAUAAUAAUAAUACAAACAACAAUAACAACAAUACGAAUAAUAAUAAUAACAACAACAGCAAUGGCCUGCUGGAGCAAAAAGUGUCGCCAACUUUCCUUAUGGAAAAGCAAAACAAUCUCAUUCAACGAAUGACGCCAGUCAAACAUGAAAUAUAUUUCCCACAAUGCUAUGGACCGGCAUUUAACCAGUCAUUCGUGACAGGAACAGCGGUCGUUACACCGAACCCAUCAAUCACAGCCACUGCCAACACUGCCAUAGCACCCGCUGUCAGCGUUCCACCAACAACAGCCGUCAACGGAUCUAAUCCGAACGUGCAGCAAACGCACACAACGGCAACCGUGACAGCCGUUCCGGCAUCGGUGGCGGCUGUGAUUACGGCUCCAGCUCCGCAGCCCAUUGCGGCCCAGUGACAUCAAAUAGGCGAUCAGCAGGUAUUGGGUCCUGUACCGAUGCCGCCACAUGCCGGUCCACCUGGACCACCAGCGUUAAUAGCCAUUCAUCACUAAAAUUAUUGAGAAAAACACAUCUCAAGAGUUAAUAUACUUGAGGAUGAUAUAAGAUACGACUUUAAACCAAAUGAGAUAAUCUCAUGACUGAUUUGGAGUAAUGGCAACAAAACGCACUGUGGUUUCUCAAAUAUGAUACAUCAAUUAACGAAGCAUAAAAGCAAUUUCCAUUGUCCAAGAUAUUGGUGCAAAUUUUUCACUUUCUACAAUUUAAUGGACUAUAGCACGUGACUGUGAUAAUCACAAUUACCAUUCGUGACUACACAUCAUGCAGCCUGGAGCGGUGCACAGGAGGUACGAGGCAUGGGCGCUCAUUAUUCUCCGGGAUGAAUAUGAAUCGAAACCAAAGACUGAUGACUGUUGGGAAGUGAUUCGCUUUUUACACAUGAAUACACAUCGUAUACGACAAGAGCUUUUUAGAUAUUGUAAAAUAGUCGGUGAAAAAUUUGCGCACUAACUUGCAAUCAAACAUUUCGUAUCCGAUAGAGGAAGUUGUAAUUAAAUAAUGACGCGGAAAACUAUAUGUCUAGAUUUAAAAGAAAAAAGUCAAAACUGACUGGAGUUCUUGUAUGUACUGAAGAAUUCUAUCAUACUGAAGCAGUUGUUACCAGUAAGAUAAAUGCCAAAAUAAGCUCAAAAGAUAAAUUUUGACUUUUCGAUGAUCGAUGCCCGAUUAAAAAUGACUCUAAACUAUAUUGGAAGAGGGUAUCUACAUCUAUGAGAUUAAUCUUAGUAUUGUGUAAGGAACAAGAGUGCCUAGCUGUUGUACAUUAGAAAGUUUUCCAUUCGGUCCCGAUGGCGAGGACGACAGGAAUAAACACCCACCUUCAAAACACGGUAAAAUGGUUAAGAUGGUUAUAAGAAAUACCUCCACUACAAACAAAAAGAAGAAAACGACUGUAAAUCAACAAACCAAUCUAACUAAAAAUAGAGCAACUGAGGAAACAAACAAAACAUAGGUAUAUAACUUCCACAAUAACAAAACAGAUGGUGCUAUUUUUAUUAUAAACUUUUUUAACAGUGGAAAACUUUAUUAAGUAAUGAACAGAACAGAAAUAGUUAAUUGAGUAAAACAAUUGAUCACAUAAUCAAUACAAUAGACACCGCAAAGCAUAACAAACAAUAAACAGAAAACAAUAGAAGAAUUAAGUUAUACAAACGCAAACACACCAGUCAACAAUAGAUAAAUCAAGCAAACUAGAACAAUAUGAAAUGCAACAUUUAUUGUUAUAUUUAUACCCGCCAUUGCAACAAAACCACAAUAGAGCCAAUGUGAAUGAAAGAGCCGAUACACUUGCUGAAUAAGCAACAACAGAGACUACAAUCAAAUAUUUACCGAUGUUUCCUUUUUUAUCCUACAAUAUAUAACUGACCAUAAAAUAGAACGAAGCGAACAAUAGCAAUAGGAACGUAUUUUAUUUAACAUGUUUACUUCCUGUGUAACCGCAGAGGAUGUUAUUUUCUAUUGUUUAACGAAUUGUUUUCUGUCAUAACUUAUACUCGCAGAACAUACACACUCUUAAACACAAGUUACACAUAAACAAUCACAGGGCUCACUACAAUGUGCGUGCCAGUGUGGUUUCCUUUCGUUACAGACAUCACGAAUCAGCGUACCGGUGAUAAGCAGUAACUACACAACACUAAACUCACGUCGUCUACUAGCUAAGAAUAAAUAGGCAAACGUCGGUGAAUUGUCAGACGUUUUUACAGCAAUCAACGCCGAAGUGGGUAUUUAUUCCUAUCGUGAGCAAAGCAAAAAAAGAAAAAAAAAGUCGAGGAAACGAAUGGUAAAAUGAACUGUAGUUUUAAGGGAUUCGAUUUGUCGCGGAAAGAAAAGCAACGGCUGCAGGAUACAGCAUCUGUUAAAAGAUAACUGAAAAUGUAUAAGAUGAAGUUCAAUAAUUGAAACAAAUGCAAAUAUACUUGCACUUGUCAAAAAAAUGUACGCGUAGCAAAUCAAUCGUAUUCGAACCCCAAAAGAAAGGGCCGAAAAAUAUUUCAGUAAUAUUAAAUAUUAUACAAAUAUCGGAUGGUUACUGUUGCUUAAUAAGCUACUAAAACGCUUGUGGCGAUGAUUUAUCAAACAUAUUUUCGUGGAUGUAAGCCGGAUUAGCUCUACCAGGUGGUACUCUGCGUCGCUUGCCCCUCCCGCUACCCCUCCCCUCCUUCACAUUUUUAGUAAUCAAUCUCUGAAAAUUUUGUAUGAAACGACCAAAAAGAUUUCAAAUUAAGUAAUCAUAAUCGGAGAUUUCACAACAUCAAUACAAGUUAUCGAUUUGCUCUCAAGCUUUGCUCGGGUUCCGAGCCCAUCAUGGUGAGGUCAGCUUUGUUGAUCACAUUCUUAACCCUGCACGUCUCGGCUCGUGGAAUGAAGCUUUUGCGAGAUACGUUGGGUUUCUGAUAAAACUAGCGUUUUUCAUUUUCUGAUAGAACCAGCGUUUCUCAUUUUUUCGUUUUUGUUCACAUAGGAGAGGGUGUCCUCAAUGGGGGACUGUUCUUAAAUCCUUGGUGUAACCAUGGAACCUGAGGGAUUUACAUUCCGAGUUGAGGUGCGCGAAAAGUCCGUACUGACAGAAACAGUUUUAAACUAGGUGAUAGAGAGUUGUUAAAUUUGUCGAUACAGUCCACUCUCUUUCCAAAAACAAAUGAGGUCUGUAAGGCUGACAGGAUCAGCUAGCAGUGUGUUCCUGAUGCUACAGGAUAUUUAAUUUAGCAUUUAGGACACCUACAGAAGAAAUGCCAUACGGUGUAGGAAACUUACACACUAUAAAGUCCUUGUGAGGAACUCGAGUGUACCCGAUAAUCAAUUUGGAAAUGAUAACCUGGUCCAUUCAGGACUAUUUUUUAUGGAGAUUUAACGUACAAUUUUGGGUUUUUUCACUGGACCCUGUCAAAACUAGUAUAGAUAUAACUGAAGAAGCGUUGAAAUAUUUCGGAUGUUCUAGGCCGUCCAAACUGUUCUGGAGUAGAUAUCUCCGAAUGUAUAAGGCAAUAUGUCUAGAAACCAAAUGUCCUAAGCUGUGAUAUAUGUCCAAAAAUAUCUAUGUGAUCAUAGGACAUAAAUUGAUCGAGUUAUGCAUAAACGUAAACCAUUUCAUAGUCUCCAAGACGUCCUGGUGUUCAGAACAUGUGAUCUACCUGAUCAGCCAAGCUCUGAACGAUAUAUCUAUUCAUUUUCAUUUAUUUAGUUAACAUCUAAACAGAUAACACUGAAUCAACAAUUUGACGCCACAAUGCACGGUUCGAGGCCGCAUCUCUCCAUCCUCGGAUACGCCCCACGCUAGCCAAGUCGUUCUGCACCUGGUCUGCCCAUCUCGCUCGCUGCGCUCCACGCCGUCUCGUAC